UUACAAACCGUGUACGUGUAAUUCCGGAGAACUGAAAAUUCUUUUUAAUCUCGGUAUAGAACAACCUCGUUGCAGUAUCUGAACUUCAGAACGAGAAUCCGUAAAUAAAAUCACAUGAACUGGGAGUCAGGAACUGGCAUCACGAGGACAGCGACUUGCCCACACAACCAACCAGUGACGCGCUCCUUUACCACGUGAUAUGAGGCAUGUCAACAAACCACAGUCAUAUGAUCAGAGCGUAAACAUGAAGCUACCUUGACGCAGGCGAAACGCUGCCUCCCUGCCCAGAGGGCUGCCAGCGGACCGGGCGGACACGGAGGAGACCAUGGACCUGAGCGAGAGGAGGCCCAACAAGUGGUGGACGGAGACGGACACCUUCGCCAUGCUGGCCCUCAUCGAGGAGCUGGACCUGGUGCACGAGCUGGACAAGAAGAGGCAGCGCAACGACUCGCACUUCCGCCGGCUGCGGCACAGCCUGGCCCGGCGCGACAUCCACUUCACCGUCAACCAGAUCCGCAACCGCUGGAAGAGCCUCAAGCACAAGUACCGCAAGAUCAAGACGGCGGGCUACCGGAGCCCCGCCGCCCGGCUGUCCGCCAUCGAGUCCUUCCGCUACUUCCGGAAGCUGGACCGCAUGCUGGCGGCGCGGAGGCCCCGGGCCGCGGGGCAGGGGGAGGCCACCGGGGGGAGCCACAGCCUGGUGGUGCUCUCCACCUCCGACCUGGAGGACCACACCGACAGUGACGUUCCUCAGUCUUGUGGGACAACGCGAUGGCAGGACGCCCUCCCGGGACCAGAGGGGGACAGUGAGGAAAGCAAAGGACACCCGGAGGAGCCCGGGGACUUCAGGACACCCCGCUGGGACAUUGGGACAGAGGAGGUGGUGACUUUAGGGUUGUCGGGAGAGUACCUCUACCCGGUCAAGGCGGAGCCGCACCUGCUGUCUUCCCUGCGUAGCCUAGAGGGCGCCAGAGAGUCGACCGGCUGUAGUCCCAGGGAGCCCACAGGCGUAUGCGAGGACAUCAGCAGCCUGAUCCUGCAGCAGCUGACCAUCCUGAACCAUCAGCUCGGCGAGCAGCUGGCCGAGCAGCGGGCCUUCCACUGCAGCAUGCUGGGGCUGAUGGACCGGCAGAUCGAGGUCCUCCAGCAGCUCUCCAACUCCACCCGGGUGCCCCCGCCGGCCAAAGAGGCGGCCGGGGAGCGAGACGCCCCCGUCAGCCAGCAGGUGCACGAAGCCCUGGUGCGGGUCCUGCGCGGGGUGGAACAGGCCCAGGCCCAGGCGCAGACGCCCAGGCAAGCCCAGACGUGCCCGUCCAAAGUCCCGCCCUCCGAGCCCCUGGCCCCGCCCUCCUGGACCGUCUCCCUAUUGGAGGUCCACCAGGGGUCUCCGCCCCCCGCGGCCGGGGAGGCCACGCCUGUCACAGACGUGCCCACCCCCCCCUCCCAGAGGCCCUCAGAGGAGGGCCCGGCCCCCCUCCCCGAACAGCUUCCCCCCCCGAGGGGGGGCGUCCUGUUAAACGGCCUUUCGAUUCGGUGCCAGCACAAGUGAGCCCUCGUCCCACCGCCCCAGGGCUCCUUGUCAGAAUCUCGUCUCAGAGCUGCGCUUGGGAUGGAGGAGAACAGUUUUAGUGAGAAAACAAAAAAACAACAAUUAUGGGUGCUUAACAUUUUUGAGGGUUUGUAGAUUUUAAGACAAACUGUACUUUAUCAAAUUUUAGGAAUUUUAGUCAAAUCUGAAUUACUUUGUUAUUCAAACAGGUGGCUACUUUGGAACUCAUAUGUGAAUGGCCUCGAUUCAUAACUCGAUUUUAAGGUGGGUCUUAUUAUGUAUGUUAUUUCUGUUAUAUUAUUAUUAUUAUUAUUAUUAUAAAUGCUAGUUGAUUUACAGUGCCUUGCAAAAGUAUUCAGACCUUUGACCAAUUCUCAUUUUCCUGAACUACAAAUGAUGCGUUGAAAUUGACAUUUGUGUGAUAAUUCAUUUAAAAACAUCUAAACUUAAAACAGAUUGUCACCUUCGAAUCAUAAUGUUCAUCUUAGAAAAGUACACCUAUCUAGUACCAGGCAGGACCCCCUUUUGCCUCCAGAAAAAUCCAGAACUAUUUGCGGCAUGGAUUCAACAAGGUGCUGUAAACAUUCCUUAGGGAUUUUGGUCCAUGCUAAUGCGAUAGCAUCGCUCAGUUUCUGCAGACACACUUUCAUCAUGCGGACCUCUCAUUCCACCUCAUCCCAAAGGUGCUCUAUUAGAUUGAGAUUUGGGCACUGUGCAGGCAAUUUGAGUCAUUGUCGUAUUCACGAAUCCAGCUUCAGAUGAUGCGUCCGUUGUGGCAUGGUAUAUUAUUCUGCUGGAAGUAUCCAUUUGUAAAAGGCUAGACUGAGGCACAUGAUGCACAUGGUCAGACUCGGCAGCAAUGCUUCAAAUGAUGCUGAAUUGGUAUUAAGGGGCCUAAUAUGUGCUAAGAAAACACAUAUCACACCAUUAGAUCACCACCGCCAGCCUUCCUCAUUGACACCAGGCAGGAUAGAUCAAUGGAUUUGUGCUAUUCAUCUGCAUGAUUUGCUGUUUCUAGGAUCUUUGCCUUGACAAGAAGGUAGACCAAAUAAAGUGGCCACUGAGUGUGUUUUUAAGAAAAGAUAAAAAUAUGUACUGCUUGCAUUAAUAUUCAACCCCUGUGCUCUGGAAACUCGACAUUUGCACAGAUGACUAAAAUUGACCUAUCAAAGACAGAAAUGGCUUACCAUUGGCUCUGCCUAUGAACCGGUCUCAUUUUAUAUGGAUAAACAUCCCUCUCUGUUUAAUUAUCAUUACUCAGGCUAGGAAAUGCAAGAAAGGUGAGAAGAUGUUGCUAAAGAACAUCUCGCAGAGGUUAACCCCUUAAGUAUCACCACUUUUCUUGACACAAGCUUGAAAAUUACAUACCCAAAAUUAAAUGGUUACUAUUCUUGAACCCUUUUGACUAUAGGCAUAAACCUGGUGUCUUCUGAAAGGUAACCCUUUGGGGUUUGUUUUCCAAGAGUCCAAAUUACUCUUUGUUAUUAUUAAAACAAAGUUACAGAAGCUCAAACACAGAAAGUUUUCUUGGUGAAAAUAUUUUCUGCUUUUGAGUGGAUACAGAUUAUUGUGGCGGUGCCUGGCAUGCUUAGAAAUGUUUAGCCACAGCCAAAACACUGAAUCCAAAAAUCCCCUUUCAAACUUGAUGACAAUAUCUCCAAAAAUGAGCAUUCUGCAUAGUUUUUUCUAAGCUAUGUCAAGGCAGUUUUCCAAAAAGGACAUUUGGAGGCUCCAAAAGGACACAUGGAAACACUUUUUAUAUAACACUUUUUAUCCUGAAAAGUGUUUGCACUUAGCUCCCCCCUCCCCCCACUGCUCUCUAUCCUUGUGCUUUCCUCAAGUUUUUGUCAAAUAUGCAACUUCCAUCAACAAGUCAAACACAUCUCACCUGCUAUUUUUUGUUCAAAAGCAGGCUUGAUACCUAUUUAUAAGCAUACUGAAUAAUAAAAAAUAUUUUGAGAAUAUAUUUAGACGCUCACUGAUCUAAAUAUAUUGUGUUUUCAUGGUCUUCCUCAGAAAUAUUCACUCGAGAAUACGAAAAGCUUGAGAGAUGAGAGAUUCCUUGGAAGUCUUUCAAAGGAAGUCCUCUAUCACAAAAUCCUUUUUUUUGUGUGGUAAAACGUCAAUCUAUUUGGCCAUAAAAUCUCAAGAACUGUUUUUGCCGAAGCAUAACAGUCUAAGCUUUUUCAUUACACAGGCCAAAAAAUGCGACGUUGUUUCAUGCAAGCCUAACAAACUGAUGUAUAGUUUGUUUGCUUCUCAGUCUUUGCUUCAAUAUCAUACCUCUAGGCGGAGCUGAAGUUAUACUGUAUUUUUGCUCACGGAUGGGAUGACGCAUUUACUGUGCAACUGGAUUACCAAUACUAGUCAGAUAAGUUUGUACAUGGGCUUAUCCUGUUCGACAGAGCCUAUAUAAAAUGUAGAUAAUCGGAUUCCUGUAUACAAGUACUUUUGUAGAAGUAUGCAUUGGCAUAACAAUGAUAAUUCCUCCAGAGGAAUUCUAAGUAAGCAAUUGACGUUCUAUCAACGUUUCUCCAGGUUAGCACGUUUUCAGAAUUGUAUGAUUAUGCAGUUGGUUCGCUGGAUGCUUGCUGUGACAAGAACACUGACAUUACCUUAUUUUGUGUACCUUAUAUGUUACAAAAUAAGGAACUGUUGACACUAAAGCAAUAGGAUCUUAAAAUAGGCUAUACAUAUAGAACCCUGAGUUUUAACGCUUUCAAAUUGUAUAUCCUGUUAAAAAAGGAAUGAAUGCAAAAAAAACACACCAGCGUAACAAAACGUAACACAAAACGUUAUCAAAAAUAAUAACCAAGUAUUUGGAUAUCGCAGUGAGCACUGUUGUAUCAAUAAUCAGGGGAAGUGGAAGCUGUCUAGAAAAGGCUGUCCUUCAACACUAUCCAAGCAUCCAAGCAAGAAGGACACAGAAGUCACAGAGAGGCCAGCAAUAACGUUGAAGGAGUUAGUGUCUGAAGGCACCAGACAAGCAUAAUAAGCGCUCUGCAUAGCACUGGUCUACAUAUGAGGGUGGUGAGAAAGAAGCCAUUACUCAGAAAGAAAAAAUCUCAAAGCACGCCAGAAAGCUUGAGUGACCCUACCCUCAGAUAUAGGGGAAAUGAUAAGAGCUGUAUGGCUGUUUUUUGGAAGUAAUGAAGCUGCAAAAAUAAUAAAUAAGAUCUUUGAACUUGAAUUAUGUUGCUCAGGGGUGGUUGUGGCUAAAUGACUGCAUACAGCGUUUAUCCCAGCAGUCAGCUCUAAUUUAAUCAUCCAACCCAGCUGAACAAACUGAAGCAAUUCUGCUAAGAAGAAUGGCCAAAAAUCCCAAACAACUGGUAGAUACUUACCCCAAAGACUUAAACCUGUUACUGCAGAAAAAUGAGUUUCUGCCAAAUAUUAAUGUGUGAGGUUUGAUUAUUUAUGAGCAUAUAGUUUUUACAUUUUCUUUCAAAUAUCUGCUGAAAUAUCUUGCUUUGAAAAUGUACUGUUCGGGCAUAUGAGUUUACAAUAUAAAUACCAGUUAUGUAUGUAGAUAUCAUUUGUGACUCGUGGAUCAUUUUCUAGGGGGUUGAAUACUUUUGCAAAGCACAGUAUUUUAACUAAUCGCAAAGGUCAGUUUUUUAAAUCAGAUGAAUCUUCCACAUACGAUAGUACCUCAUAACAUAACACCCCAAAUGUUAUUUCAAAUAUUUUAAGAUUAUGAGAUGUCCUGAUUUGUACCCAAAAAAAGGUACUUAUUAUAGAACUGUCUUAAAGGUGCUUUAUGAAUUGUGGCCAAUGAGCAACAGUGUAGCUCUACUUACUACGGUCAGUGUGAGAAUGUUCAUGCCUGCCAGACUGGGACCCAUGGUCCUAUGGCAUUUCAGGCUGAACAAUCCACUGGAGGGUAUUAAGGUGAUUGUAUUGGUUGGCCAUCUAUCCUUCAAGUCCAAUUACAAUGUACAUUGCCCUGUGUGGCUCACCACAGGUUUAUUACAGCCUAUAUAUAUUUGCCUUUUUCCCCAGCAACAAUGUUUGUUGGCCAUCUUUAAGGAGUGCUUCUAGGACCCCAACUCAAAAUUCACAUUAGAUGGUAGAAAACAAGUUGUAGCAAAUAUUUAUAGUAUGAAAUGUGAAUCAGAAGAAAAACACAAGCUUUAGGCCAAAAUCGCAAUAUUUGAGCUUCGUAUGAAACAUUAAUUAAAUCUACCGAAUCUAGCGUUGUGCCAUGGCAUGGCAAGGAUUGCACAUCUGAUGUUAUGGAGGACAUUUCCCCUUGAUUUAAAAACUAUUAUUCUUAGGUUUAACAAUCAGUGGCUAAAUUGAUUUUCCUAUGAGAAUUUAUUUGGCCAAGAUCAAAUAAUAUUUUAUUCAGUUUCACAUAUGCAAAAUCUAGGCUAAUUGCCAACAAGUGUGUACUCUUUUGUUUCUGUUAUUCAUAGUGUUGCAGAGCAAUGUAGACUAUACUUGAAUCAUGAAGGGAAGAAAGUGAGGAACAUGAUAUAAACUAGUUAUUGUCUCAUUUAGAUGGUGGUAAACUGCUGGUAAAUUGUGUAUACCAUUAAUUCCAUAAUUCAGUCCGGCAACUUAUUUUUAAGAUUUCACUUAACCAGUUUGAAGGACUAACAGUUUUUCUAUUAUAUCCUCUGGACUGUUUCACCAAUUUCAUUUGGUCAGUACAAGAACUGUCAUAGCACCACACAUUCACAGAGUAAAACUAUUUCGCUAAUUAUUCUGUAUUGAGUAUGCAAAACGGAUUUAAUUUAUUCACUGGCAAAAAUUCUGGUUUCCAUCAUUUUUUUAAAUUAUUUUUUUAAGAAUCCUCAUUACUUUAAAGGGGUAUCAUUUCUUAGUUACAGUAAACAGUACAAAUGUACACUCAGUGAGCACUUUAUUUGAUAUUUAUUAGACUUAUUUUUUAGAUGUAUUGGUCUUCUGCUGCUGUGUGUUCAGAGAUGCUCUUCUGCACACCACUGUUGUAAUGUGGUUAUUUGCAUUACGGUAGACCAGUUUGGCUCUUCUCCUCUGACAUCUCAUUAACAACUGCUGCUAACUGGGUGUUUUUUGUUUUUCCCACCAUUCUCUGCAAACUAUACGGACUGAUCAGCAGUUUCUGAGAUACUCAAACCACCCUGUCUGGCACCAACAAUCAUUUCACAGUCAAAGUCACUUAGAUCACAUUUAUUCCCCAUUCUGACAUUUGGUCUGAACAUCUUGACCACGUCUGCAUGCUUUUAUGCAUUUAGUUGCUGCCACAUAAUUGGCUGAUUAAAAAUUUGCAUUAACAAGCUGGUGUACAGGUCUACCUAAUAAAUUGCUCACUGAGGGUAUUGGUAAUACCGCUCUAUUUGCAAUACCACAAAAAAAAAGGAAAUUCAGCUUAUUGACUUGUCUAUUCUCUUUUUACAUUCGCCACAAAGGCAGCUGAGCCCACUGUAUACCAGUAAGAACAAUUUAAAAUACUGUAUUUUGCAAACUAGACUGGCUCAGUGACAGUAAAUGGUGCUGAAUAUUCACCUUUUUGUCCUAUCCAAUGUAUCUAUUUACAGUGGGAAAAAAACGGAAACUGUAAAAUAUCAUUUCGAUUAAGGUGUACUUCUGAAACUGGCAGUCCUGUCUGUGACACUUUACAAGUAGCCUAUUCAUGUUGUCAUAUUGUAUAUCAAACUGUGUAUGAUUUUAAGAAAUGAUGUUAAAUUGGCAUUACUGAUACUUAUAACAAACCCGCUACUUAUGUUACAUCAUAUUUCAUCAGUCUAAACACUGCUGAAUGGGAAUGAAAUUUUGGGAGCUGCAUGAAAAAAGCACAUUUAUUAAGAGUGAUGUGUCUAAACUCCUGCAUAUGUAUAAAGCUGUGACUUCAUCCCAAAGACUAAAGGACAAGAAUUUUAAGGAUUUUUUUCAAUUGGUCAUGCAAGGACAGGCGUGGGACAAAGCGUUUGCAAUAUGCGGUAAUUACGAAUUUUAGCGAGCAUGAAUUUAAUGUAAAUAAAAUACGAUUUUGAAUGUGUCAGGCAAGUUUUUAUUCCCCUCAGUUUCAUGGUUGCGGUUGUCCUUUUGAUUUACUCUCUCUAGCUUAGGAACGUGUUUUGUGUCCAUUUGUUUGCACAGCACUUAACAAUCAUAAUAAAUAUAAUUAUUUUUUAUAUAUCAAA